AUCGAAACUCCACCGUGCAGUGCUACCCCACGUAAAAACUGAUUUGACAUAUGUGUCGUUCCUCAUAAUUAUAAUUUAAAGAAUUAUUUAUUUAUAGUCGAAUUGUGAUUUAUUUUUUGUUGUUUCAUAGUACAACUAAAAGAAGUCAUGUUAAUUACUAGCGAAGAACAUACGUUGAAUCUACUAACUCUAAAUUGCUGGGGGAUUCCAUUAGUGUCGAAGGAUAGAUCAGUUCGAAUGGGAGCUAUUGCAGACAAAUUACUUACCGGGGAUUACGAUGUCAUUUGUCUCCAGGAAAUCUGGUCUAUCAAUGAUUUCAAAAUGAUACGAGCCAAAGUUAGAGAGCAGUUGCCGUAUUCACAUUAUUUUUACAGCGGUGUUGUGGGAUCCGGAAUCUGUAUGUUUUCUCGCUUUCCUAUACAAGAUGUAAUAUUUCAUAAGUGGCCGUUAAAUGGAUAUGUUCACAAAAUUCAUCACGGUGACUGGUUUGGUGGAAAGGGUGUUGGUCUCUGCAGAAUUAAAUUUAAGAAUAUGAGAAUUAAUGUUUAUUUGGCGCACUUACACGCAGAAUACAACAGAGAUAACGACGAGUACAAAGCACACAGAGUACUACAAGCCUUUGAUACCGCCCAGUUUAUCAGAAUGACUAUGGAAGGAGUGGAUGCAAUAGUACUCGGAGGGGAUCUAAAUACAGAGCCAAAGGAUAUAGCUUAUCGUUUAAUACGUGGCAUUGCUAAUCUUGAAGAUGCCUGCUCAAUUAAUAAUAACAAUUUAGGGACCAAUGAGUGUGCCAAUAACAGUUACACCAGUAAAAAGCUAGCCAAACAAGAGCCAGAUGGAAAACGUAUCGAUCACAUACUCUAUCAUGGUUCCAAGAACACUAAGGUGAAAGUUACACAAUUCAAACACCCUUUUCCCAAACGAAUUCCUGACAGAGACUUCAGCUACUCCGAUCACGAAGCUAUUAUGGCAAGCUUCAAAUUGAAAAAAGGUGAAUACGAAUUUGUUGAGAGCGAUGUUAGAGAAUCGUUGAAAGAAGCUCUUGGCAUCUGUGAGAUGGCGCUCAAAUCUAUAAAAUGUCAACGAGUUUGGUAUUUGAUAGUAAGCUGUAUAUUAAUACUGCUUUUGGCUUCGUCCAUGGCAUUCGAUUUCUACAAUUUGUCUGCAAUUAUUGGUGUCAAUAUUGGUAGACUUUUUUUGACGGCAGUAUUGUGUUAUGCUAUAUUCAUGGCCUCCUUGUGGACCAGUGUUGAAAAUAAUGCACUGAAAGCUGGAUAUUCAGCAAUGGAACUUCACUUAAUGCAUUUAAACAACCAGCUAUGCUCAAAAUGAUAGUCGAAUUCUAAAUACAGAACUAUGUAAUUACCAAACGAACCAAGUAUAUUGCCUGUAAAUUGAUUUUCAGAAAGUAAAUAGUUACUUUUUAACGGUGGAGAUGAUUCAUAGCAGAUAAACGUUAUUUUUGCAUUCUAAUACGAAAUGAACACAUUCCUGAGAUGAAAUCUGCUCGACAUAGCCAAAAAAAUACUUUUAGGUAUUAUCCAUCGAGAGAAUGCAAGUUACUUUCAGCUGAAAAGCUGAACCACUUGUCGCGCUCUCGUUCCACACACCACUAAGCUGGCUCAUCAUCUCUGAUAAUGUCAUAAAGUAUGUACUAAAAAAUUAAGCUCACAAAGAGGACUAUAUAUUUGGAAAGUACUGUGAUACUUGGAAUUUAUAUGAAAUAAAUAAUUUUGUUACAACAUUGUAGUAUUCGAUUAUUGAAUAAAGAAUUGAAUAGAAAUUUUUUACAACCA